AUGGCUCGUGGAAAAGGAACCGCGAGGAAGAAGCAGUCGGUACGCGACAAGGAGCUUUCCAAGAAGCCGGUCGCAGGGACUCCGAAAUCCAUGGUCAUCCGUAUUGGUGCGCAAGAAGUAGGAAGAUCAGUCUCGGACCUCGUAAACGAUGUGCGCCAUUGCUUGGAACCUGAUACUGCCAUCCGACUGAAGGAGCGAAGAGCGAACAAGCUGAAGGACUUCCUUGUCAUGUGCGGACCGCUCGGUGUCAGCCACCUUCUACUCUUUUCACGCUCAGAAGUCGGAAACGUCAACCUCAGGCUAUGCCGUGUCCCCCGCGGACCUACUCUCCAUUUCCGGGUGGAGAACUACAGUCUCUGCAAAGAUAUCCUCAAGUCGAUGAGGCGUCCACGAGCUGGCGCAAACGACUACAUGGUCGCACCACUGCUAGUGAUGAACAACUUCCUGACAAGCGACUCGGAGAGAGAACGACUCGGCGACAAGGCACCGCCUAAGCAUUUGGAGAAGCUGGUGACAGACAUGUUCCAGGGCUUGUUCCCACCCAUCCAACCACACACCACCCCUCUACACUCGAUCAAGCGUGUCCUUCUGCUCAACCGUGAGCCUCCGUCCGAAGAGAAUGGAUCUGUCACAAUCAGCCUACGACAUUACGCGAUCACAACAAAAGUAACAGGCGUACCAAAGGCCAUCCGACGGUUAUACGCAGCUGAGAAGCUCAUUGGCAGCAAGGAGAAGAAGAAGAGUGCACUACCAAACCUGGGCAAGCUCGAGGAUGUGGCCGACUACAUGUUGGACCCUUCAGCUGCCGGUUAUACAUCCGCCUCGGAUACUGAACAAGAUACCGACAAUGAGGUGGAGGUAACAGCACCUGUGCGACAAAAGGUCUUGUCCCACCGCGAGAAGGAGAAGCUGAAAGCCGGCGACGAGACGUCACACGCACGUGCCAAGGGCUCAAAAGCUCGCGUCGAGAAGCGUGCAGUCAAGCUUGUCGAGCUUGGUCCUCGCAUGGUGCUCCGCCUUACCAAGGUCGAGGAGGAUGUCUGCGGCGGCAAGAUCAUGUGGCACGAGUACAUCAAGAAGAGCAAAGCGGAAGAGCAAGAAUUAGAGAAGAAGUGGACACAAAGAAACAAGGAGAAGGAGGAGCGAAGACGCAUACAGAAGGAGAAUGUGGAGAAGAAGCGCAAGGAAAAGGCUGCUGCAAGGGGAGAGACUGGCGAAGAAGAAGGCGAAGAUGACGAGGAUGAGGAGAUGGAUGACUUGGACGAGUACGAUAUGGAUGAUGAUGUCUGGCAAGACGCUGCGGACGCUGGAGAGGGAGAAGAAGAGGACGAGGAAAUGGAUGACGAGUGA